CAAACUCAACCCAAAAAAAAAAAAAAAACGCAAACAGAAUGAGUGCGAGUGCGAGUGCGAGUGCGAAUCCAGUUGGAGUUCCAGUUCAACAUCAUCACAACGUGUUCGUAUACGGCAGCCUCUUAGCUGAUGAUGUCGUUAAGGUUCUCCUUAAGCGCGUCCCUCCCUCUUCCUCUGCCAUCCUCCACUCCUUUCAUAGAUUUAGCAUCAAAGGAAGAGUUUAUCCAGCUAUUCUACCUGUGGAGAAUAAGAAAGUAACUGGAAAGGUCUUGUUUGGUAUCACAAAUCCUGAAUUAGAUAUUUUAGAUACUUUUGAAGAUGUCGAGUAUGAAAGGAGAACUGUUGAGGUUUCCUUGAUGGGUCGCAAAGAAAAAACUCAUUAUAAAGGAUUAUUUUCCUACCAGGCUUUGGAAACCUCAUUCCCUUUGGUACCUAACCUGCCUGACAUGAAGAAGGAUAGUUCUGAGAAGUUACAAGCUCACACCUAUGUAUGGAGUGACAAAAAUGAUCCAAACUUGUAUGGAGUUUGGGAUUUUGAGGAAUGGAAACGAGUACACAAGAAUGAUUUUAUCAAGAUGACCACUGGGUUUGUGGAAGAAUUGGAGCAGCCUGAAUCAAAACCAAGAGUUGCCACAUAUGAAUCAUUCUAUAACCAGGAUGGUCAAAAUCCCCCUUCCUCUUGAUACCAUUCUUGAUUUGUAAAUCCCAAACUAUUUUACACCUGUAUUUUUUUUUACCAUUCUCAAUGCUUCCAUUAUUAAAACUAUGCUGUCAUCCAUUCUACUUUUUCUCCAGAAUUUGUUGCAAAUAAAAAUUGCUUGCAUUGCAGUGGUUAGUUCUCAA